AUGAAGCUCCCCACCAUUUUCACUGCCUUAGGGCUUCUUCUCACCCCUGUCCUCAGCGACAACACGCUGAACAUUGUCGCGCAUCCGGACGAUGACCUCCUCUUUCUGAACCCCGAUAUCCUGCACGAUAUCAGCAGCGGUUACACCUUGCGCACGGUAUACCUAACCUCCGGAGACGCUGGUCUGGACUGGCCAUACUGGACCGGUCGACAGGCGGGAGUCCUGGCCGCAUACGCACAAAUGGCUGGUGUCGAGAGCGUCUGGGAGGAAGGAAGUAUCGAGUACCAAGAGAACUAUGUGGCGCUCUACACGCUUCGCGACAAACCACAAGUCUCGCUGGCGUUCCUGCAUCUUCCUGACGGAAGCAUCGAUGGAGAUGGAUUCGAUAGGACGGACCACGAGAGCUUGGAGAAGCUGUGGAAGGAGAAGAUUGAUCGGAUUUAUGCGAUCGACGAGUCCGGAACCACGUACACGAGGGACGAGCUUAUUGACACCCUUCGCCACAUUAUUAACCAGUUCCACCCGGAUAGCAUCAACUCGUUGGAUUACCUCCAUGACUUUGGAACUGGAGACCACAGCGACCACACCUCUACUGGCCUGUUCGCAAACGAGGCGGCCAUUGCAGCAACGGAAUAUCCUGGCACUGUCAUCGCCUAUGAAGGGUAUCCGAUUAAGUACGAGGCGCCUAACGUUGAUGGGGAGGACCUAGAGAAGAAAAAGGCCGCGUUCUAUACGUAUGCGGGCUACGACCCCGAUGUAUGUGCAAGCGAUGCGGCUUGCACUAGAAAGGAAUACGAAGAUUGGCUGCAGAGAUUGUACACUGCGAACUAG